CUAGGACUUCCUGUAGCUUUUUGUACCAUUUGAUCGCUGCAGUUGUGUAGUUACUGUUGGACGGAACAAGCUGCUACCGUCUCAGCACUCAAUACGGUGGUUUCGUAUUGCUACAUGCUGAGGCUUGGAUUUCCUACGAUAAAGAGCUGACAGUGCAGGAUCGUCUGUAAACUGGGAGUUGCAGCGGCAGAUACAUUUGAGUUUAACUUUACCUUGGCGGAGAACCUCAUUUAUUUCAAGCGGAACAAAGACAUAUUAUUGAGAAUGCCACGUUGUUUUGUAAAUGGUUGCUCUACAAAACAAAUUUGGGGAAAAAAAACAAGGGAUACCUCUUUGCAUUGCUUUCCGACAUCGCCUAACAGAAUAAGGGCAUGGCUACAGAGCACUGGACAAGCUGUGGAGGACAUGGAGUGUUUGGUUGAAAGAAUAAUAGAAACAAAGAAAAACUCUGUAUACCGAAUGUGCUCAAGGCAUUUUAGGGAAAAUGAUUAUGAAAUGAUUGGCGUACGCAAAUACCUAAAGAAAGACGCAAUACCAACCCGGUUUGACAGCCCCGUAACAAAUCCAGACAUUUCAAAUAUAAAUGAACUACAAGCUACACAAAGCAUUCAACCUCCACCCAAAAAGAAAAGGGAAUGGUCACACAAAACUAGACACACUUCUACACAUGGUCUAAUAACAACAAGGUCUAUAGGAACCUGGACCGGUCUCAUAUCAGAAGUUUUUGAAGAGCUGUCUGUGGAAUUACAGACAAUGAAGAAUUAUAACACUGUAACACAGGAGAAAACAACACGUAAUAAAGUAAAUAUUCCUUUGAAAGUUACAGACAUCCAACCAACCUCUACAAGUGAACAGCAAACAAGCAACCCUCGAACAUCAACGGUCCUUAGCCCCAUUACAAGGUCUCAGUGUUACACAACGUCACUGACCAUGAACAAGAUGAACAAAAAGCUGCCUGAGCGUAUCCUGAAUCACAUCCUGGAGAUUCUCUACCUGCUGACGGGAGAGCGUGUGACUAACUCACUGACAGCGAGUCACAUGACCGGGGACAAGAUGACAGCAGAGAGGAUACUGACCCACACCCUGCAGAUCAUGUACCUGCUGACAGGGGAGGAACAGGCCACUACGGAUGUGUGCACACGCCGAAGAAACGCUGCCGUGGAUACCGUGGAGCUGGAGGACUCAGGGUAUAUAGAGGGACACAAGGAGCUUUACAAGGACGUCAUGAUGGAGACUCACCAAGCACUAAGGACUAUGGAGAUCCCAGGAAGUGAGAGCUCAGGUCACAAUGAUGAAAAUCUAGACACAGGAUAUGCAGAACUGGAACAGAAUAUUCAGCCAGUGGAGACCCCAUCAGAUGUCUCUGCAGACGAAGGUUACACUGAUAUAGUGAAAGUUGAGAUAACAGAAGGUCUGUGUGUGACACGUCAGCUUGGAACCCCGAAUGAGGAAACCAAUGACAGUAUCAGCUCAGGUGAUGUUAAGAAUGAAGCCACACUUAACACUGAACAAACAAAUGAUCUGUAUGUAAAGCGUCAACUAGAAGCUGUGAAGAAGGAAAACAGCGUCAAUAUCCGUACAUGUGAUGUUAAGACUGAAGUCACUCUUAAUGCUGAACAAACAAAUGAUCUAUAUGUAAAGAGUCAUCUGGAAACUGUGAAGCAGGAAAUCAGUGACAAUAUCAGUACAGGGCGUAUGGAUGUGAUGCCUUCAUAUGGCUCAGCGGUUGAGCAUGGAGGGGAACCGUAUGUGUGUGAUCAGGUGAAGACUGAGGAGGAUGAAGUUCCUAUAAAUACAGCUACAGGUGAAUUUACAAACUGCAGUAAUCCUAGUCAUGGUCAGACUACAGAUUCUUCUUUCAAUCUUCUUCGAUAUCAAAAAAGCCACGUGGGAAAUUUGUUCUAAACAUGGGAAUUGUUUUACUUGGAAAUCACAUUUUAUGAGUGAUCUGACUGCACACAGGAGAAAGAAUUUUCAUGUUCUGAAUGUGGGAAAUGUUAUACUCAGAAUUCAAGUCUUAUUCAUCAUCAGAUAAUUCAUAUAAAAGGAAAUCAGAGCUUAACCUCUUACCUGCAGAUAAUGACUUAAUGUUGUCCUCUGGGGGCUGCAGUUUUAGAAUUGUUUGAGGCCUCUUCUGCACCUCAAGCUGUUACCCAGUUUGUUUGUCAUUCCUAGGGGAUCUGUGGUGUCCAUAUAGAUUAGAAUAGCCAAGUAAUCACCUGGCAUCACAAAUUGUGUUUAUUAUUUAAGUAGAGUUUCAUGAGAGGAAGCCCCUAUAUACAGAUUGAAGUUAUAUAAAUAAACCCAAAGGUCCUUGUUUAUAUGCUGAUAAAA